AUGGCUGACAGCAGAGCAUACAACAAACGAGUUGAAGGUAAUGUUUUCUUCUACCUCCAGGGUAUCGACUAUGGUGGUGGGGUUUCUUGGUCUUUCUUUCAGGAGGGCCGAGGGUAUCACUUCCCCUUUAUGAGCUUUGUCUCUGGAAGGUAUAUAUUCUACAUGUCGGUUGAAAAAAAUUGUUGUAUAGAGGCUGUUAAUAUGCUAAAGGGAAGUGCACAUGCAGUGUUUGUGGAAAUGCCUAAGAGAAGGUUUCUAAAUCUUCUUCAGAGCUGGAAUUGGGUAGAUUAA